AAUAGCGGGGUUCAUUUCAUCAUCGUUUUCUCCGUUUCACUGUUAUUCACAAACCCACUUUCUCUUUCGCCCAAAAACUCCCACUUUCUCUCUCCUCUCUUUCCCUUUUCCCCAAUUGCUUCAAUUUUCAACACUACACUUCUCCAACGACAACAACACUCCUUCGCAGCAAUAUCCUCUCCAAUUAGGGUUUGGAUCGCAUUAAUCGAGUUUCUCUUCAGUCGUGAGAGAAAUGGCGAAUAGAGUAGAUCAUGAAUACGAUUACCUGUUCAAGAUCGUAUUGAUUGGUGACUCCGGUGUUGGUAAAUCUAACAUUCUUUCGAGGUUUACGAGGAAUGAAUUUUGCUUGGAAUCUAAAUCCACCAUCGGUGUUGAGUUCGCUACUCGUACUCUUCAGGUAGAAGGAAAGACUGUGAAGGCUCAGAUAUGGGAUACAGCUGGUCAAGAGCGUUACCGUGCUAUCACCAGUGCUUAUUACAGAGGAGCUGUUGGUGCGCUCCUUGUUUACGACAUAACCAAGAAACAAACAUUUGAUAAUGUCCAGAGAUGGCUUCGUGAAUUGAGAGACCACGCAGAUUCUAACAUUGUCAUCAUGAUGGCUGGAAACAAGUCAGAUUUAAAGCAUCUGAGAGCCGUUGCAGAAGAGGACGGGCAUGCAUUUGCUGAAAAGGAGGGUCUGUCUUUUCUUGAAACAUCCGCAUUGGAAGCCGUCAACAUUGAGAAGGCUUUCCAAACAAUAUUAACAGAGAUUUACCAUAUAAUUAGCAAGAAAGCCUUGGCAGCCCAAGAAGCUACCAGCAACCUUCCUGGUCAAGGCACAACCAUCGAUGUUGCCGACGCAGCAGGAAAUCAGAGGAGAAUGUGUUGUAACACUUGAAGGGAUAAUCAGAGGAUAGCUAGCAAGCAUCAGGCUUUCUCUUUCUCCUUUGUUUCCUUUUACCAAAAUUUUCCCUUAUGUUUUCACCUUUAUUUUUUGGGGGACGAGACUCUGUAGAAUACUUUCGAUCAUUGAGUUGUGAUGACGAUUGACAAGCUUGUGAAAGUGAAUACCCUAGAGUUAUCCUUAGAAGGUUUCCCAUUCAUUUGUUGAUUAGUUCCUUUUCUGUUCACUUGGAUUGGAACUAACUGGUAGUGACCUACCCCAAGAAUUGAUGUCAAUUUGUCACUUAGUUUUUUAAGAAGGUUUGACUAGAACCUUUCCAUUACAUUGAAUAGGAAACACCAUAUCUUGUUGAA